AUGAUCCUAGCUCAACAAUAUAGGGAGCGGAAUUUUCAGAAAUAUGGCGAGCUGAUAUCUCUCCUUCUUGUGGUUGAAAAGAAUAAUGAGUUGUUAUUGAAAAACCAUCAGAUACGUCCCACAGGCUCUGCCCAGUUACCUGAAGUACAUAACACGUCAUUCCAGAAGAAUGAACAUGGGAAAGGGCAUAGAGGAGGACGAGGUUAUGGACGAAACCGUGGACGUGGAAAUUUCCGUGGUCGGUUUCGCAAUCAUUAUAAUUCUGGCCACCUGAAGUGGCAACGUGAUGGUUACAACAAGUGCCAAUGUGAAGUGUCAAACAAAAGAAAGGCACCCCAAGAAGGAGAGAAACGAGACAUAUGUCAUAGGUGCGGAACUGAGGGACACUGGCAACGUACUUGUCGCACACCCAAACAUCUUGUUGAUCUCUACGAGUCAUUCAAUAGGAAUACUGGAAAGAGAGUGGAAACAAACUUUGCUAAUUAUAAUCUAGUUAAUGAAUCAGUCAAUAAGGCCUCAAAUGAAAUAGACACUGGUGCUAAUCUUUAUUAUGGUUUAGACGACUAG